AUGGUUGAUCAACAAGUUGAUCCAAUUUCAAGUGGUUCUACAUCCACUGUUAGGAUGGAUAUUCCUAGUCCUUUCUAUCAACACCCUUUCGAGAAUGCAGGUUCAUCUCUAUUACAUGGAGUUUUCGAUGGUACUGGUUAUAGAUCCUGGAAGAGAGUUGUUCUUAGGGCUUUAUCUAUUAAGAGCAAAACAGGCUUUAUCAAUGGGAAACUUGCAAAAUCCAAUCCAGAUGAUCCAAGCUUCCAGCAGUGGGAGAGAUGUGAUGAUAUGGUAACCUCUUGGAUUUUGAAUUCCUUGUCACCAGAUCUAAGAGAUAGUCUACAAUAUGUUAAUCAUGCACAUGAAUUGUGGGUUGAAUUGGAAGAAAGGUAUGAUCAGAUCAAUGGUUGUAAGUUGUACCAGCUUCAAAAGGAGAUAAAUGAUCUUGUCCAGGGGACCUUGGAUGUUACUGGAUACUAUACAAAGAUGAAGAAACUUUGGGAAGAGAUGAGCACUGUUGAUGUAAGCUCUCAAUGCAGUUGUGUGUGCACUUGCGGUGGUAAGAUUAAGCUAGCGAGAACAGGUCACACAAGAGAAAGGUGCUACAAGCUUCAUGGAUAUCUAUCCAACUCAAAGUUUUCCAAAGGGAAAAAUGUUGUUUCUGCAGAAAAUAUGUACACCUUUGAGAAUGAUAGGAGCCAAUGUGAAGAGGAGCCUGAGUUGAGGAAACAAAUGCCAUUGAACUUGUCUAAAAAUUAG